UCCAGUUGGAAGGAAAAAAUUCAAACUUUAGUUAAUAGGCUUUGUACGAGUGAUGAAAAAUUAUACUCGAUACUUCCAAUUAUACCCACUUUACAAUUUUUUAUUUCAUGGAAAGCCAUAUCUGAGAUUUCUUAUAAACUGUCGUAACUUACUCAUAACUUACUCGAAACGAACGAUCUAGUGAUCUUAUAUUUCCUCCCUCGCAUCGCGAACUAUAAAGUGCACGCGUCGACUUCUCUUGCAACAAUAUGCUCCCGUCCCUGCGGAUCAGAUACAUCAAUAAACUGCGCAUGCGUCGGCAUAAAGUGUAAAGAACGGAGAACAUUUGCGAUAUUACCUUGAGAGACUUAUUACCUUGAGAAGGAUCUGUAAUUGACUGUUCCGCGAGCCAUUUCUAUAAUGAAGCGGGUUAUAUCUGUAAAGGAGAGAGCAAAAUAGAGAGAGCAUAAAUUAUACAAAAGUAAUACUUUUCGCCAUUCAUUGCGCAAAACGUUUCUUUAUAUAAGAUAUUUCGAUAAAGAAAAAAGAGCAUUAGAAUUCGUCACACAUGACACACGGAUCGAUACAAAGCAUCGAGAGUCAGUUUCACGACCAGAAAUGUUCCCGGUCUCGUGCAAAAUGGACUUCAACAGUGAGCACUAUUAUAAAAUUAACCGUAUCAUUUUGUCGGCUAUUGGCCUGUGGCCACAUCGACACAUCACGUUGCGACAAAUUCAAGCCGCUCUGUUAUCAUUUCUACUAAUCUCGGUAACAUUUCCUCAGUUAACAAAAUUGAUUGUAGAAGAAUACAAUGUGGACGUUGUUGUGAGAGUUUUAUCAUCCACUCUACCAUUCUUAUUAUUUAUUGUAAAAUAUAUCGCGUUUUAUUUUGUGACGGAAGAUAUAAAAGGAUUAAUGCAGUAUAUUCAAAAUGACUGGAAUGCCUUGAAAGAUAACAACGAGCACGAGAUAAUUCAUCAAUACGCGAAAGCGUCUGUAUUAAUCACUAAGUCUUUAGCAAGUAAAUAAACAUUUGAACAAUAUGUACGAUUUGAACAGG